GACAGCCGUUGACGCACGUGCGUCAGAAGCGAACGGUUUCUCUGGAGAUCAACGUGAACGCAAAAAACACGAUGUUUCUGCGUUGUUUUUGAAUUUGAAGCGCGCGCUGCACGCAUAGCAGCAAGCUCGAGCGCGGUGGCUUUUAGGUAUUUAAAUUGUUAGCAUAUUGUUUGACGUUUUAUCAAAAUAGAGAAUAGUCUAGAAAAUAGACUUUGGCCUUCAAUUUAACGUCAAAACCUCGAUCGGAAACUGUACCCGCUUUACAGGAACUGAGAGGAAGUUCUUUUAGUAGUAUAGUCGUGAAAGCUUCCAGGAUGUUUCCAACCCGUGGGUCACAUGGAGUGUCCUUCGCUCAAAUGGAGAAUGAACCCCAGACGUCAGGACUGGCCGACUCCUACAAACAUCCACCCACCUCGAAUCGUCAAUUCGCCCAACGAGGGAAAAGUACAUACAAACGCAGCAAUGCUUUCAAGCCACCGGCUUCGCCCCAAAUUGUGAUCGACAAAUACACUCAAGGAGAGAUGGACGCGGUGUCUGUGCUCCAUCAGCUGGCCCAGAUCUUGCAGUUCCACCUGGAAAUAAAGGAGACGGUGACUACAGGCAACAUAGCGGGGCUUUAUUUUGCCUUUUGUGUGGUGGUCGACGGGGUCGAGUACAAGACCGGCAUGGGGACGACAAAGAAGGCGGCUCGGCUCAAAGCGGCGCAGUUCGCGCUGCCCGACCUCCUGCCCACCUUGGAGGAUCUGAAGUCUUCUCUCCCUGAAGCAUCAGAUGUCCCUCCACCCCUGCCAGUAAAAGAGCCCUCCAUCUCUAACCUCCGGCCCUGUAGAGCCAUUCACGAAAGGACGAGUUCCAUCGGCCACCAGAUCCUGCACGCCGUCAGGGAUCAGCUCACUAAACUGAUGAACAGCCACCCGGAGUUCUCUACCUGUGCGGGCUCCACGGCGGCGUUCAUCAUUCAGACUUCCGGGGGGUGGGAGGUGGUCGCUCUGGGCACGGGGAACUUCAAUACCAAGCAGAGCACCUCGUCGAAUGGACGAAUCGUGCACGAUUCGCACGCGGUGGUGAAUGCAAGGAGAUCCCUCAUGAGGUUUCUGUACCGCCACCUGCUGAUGUUCUUCAACGAAACGGACGACCUGAAGGAGAAGUCCGUCUUCCAGCGGAGCGGCAGCGGCAGCGGCCUCCUCAGCCUGAAGGACGGCGUCACCCUCCACCUCUACGUGAACCAGCUGCCCAAGGGUGCCACUCAGAUCCCUUCCAAGCUGCGCCUGAACCCGCUCUCCAUCGCGGCAUGGCAGGUCAACAACGAGAUCAGCCUACACCUGUCGGUGGAGGGAAAGGUGUUCUCGGUUUUCUCGUGGGCCUUUGAUAACUCCGCCUCCAAGGUGGUCAGCAUGUCCGCCACGGACAAGCUGACUCAGUGGCAGGUGCUCGGGUACCAGGGGGCCUUGCUCAGCCACUUCAUUGAGCCCAUCUACGUCCAAAACAUCCUCGUAGGUGACAUUGGCUGCAGCGAUGUCCGGGGCAUGAAAAUCUCAGUGAGCCAGCGCGUGGAGGGCAUCACCCCUCAGCUGCCCACGUUCUACUGCAUGAUGACACCCCACAUCAGCCUGGUGCCCGCCGUGGCCGCCGGCGGCGCCGCCGAAUGCCGGCUGUCCUACGCUCUCAACUGGAGCGAGGGCGACUGCUCCCUGGAGGUGGUGGACGGCCUGGAGGGCAAGACCAUCGAGGAAUCUCCCUUUAAGAGCGGCCCGGCUCUCGCCAGCCGCCUGUGCAAAGCGGCGAUGCUGCACCGCUUCAAGCUGGUGGCCAAAGACGCCCAGAGGGAGGACCUGCUGGCCACGAUCUCCUACAGAGAAGCCAAGGUCUUGAUUACACGUCUCCGAGGCGGCGUCGCGUCUUAAUUUUUGUGACCAUCGUUUGCACAUUUUGAGGAAGAAAGUGAAUCCGUAAGCAUCGUUGUGACUCGUGUGUUGCUUCUAUUGCCAUUUUUGUCACCGAAGCGGAUGGCAAAGCCGUACCAGGAGGCCAAGAACGUGCUGCGGGCGUACCUGCAGCAGCAGGGCUUUGGCGCCUGGCUGGUCAAGCUUUCUGUCCGUGAGAACUUCAACAUGUGAAUAAAAGGAAGAAAAAAAA